AAUCGGCUUGGAGCUCGGAGGGCAGGCUGCUCUGGCGCGCUUACGAAGUUCGACAAAACUUAUGUAAAACAUACACACGCAUUGUUUAACUUAAUUUCCAACCGCCAGCUCUUUCGAAUCACUGGUGAGCGGGGAAACAAAUGAAAUCAGUGGACUUUCGGGCUCCUCCUGGUCACUGAAGCGGCAUUUUAAGCAGGGCUGUGUCCUGCCUGUUGGCCUUGCUCUCACCCCUGAACCCGGCUGUCAGCUGAGUCCCGCAAUCACACUCCAGCAUGGCACCACAAAAGGACAUAGUGAAGAUCGCAAUACAGAUGCCCGGGGCCUACCCGCAGCUCAUUGAAUUGGACCAGAAAAAGCCACUGUCAGCUGUCAUUAAGGAAGUUUGUGAUGGAUGGAAUCUCCAAGGACCGGACAACUAUGCCCUUCAAUAUGCUGACAGUGUUCAGACCUACAUAACAGAAACGAACCGGCUGGACAUCAAGAACGGCAGCAUUCUGCGUCUGACAAAGGCACCGGGCCGCUGUGCCGAGGACCUGUAUAAGGGCAUCCAGAGCUCUGACUCAGGAGUACGCUGUGACUCUCUGAAGCAGCUGGCGGACGUGUCCACCGAUAUCACCUUUGCUCAGGAGUUUAUCAGCCGCGACGGACACUCCCUACUAGUACAAAUAGUGGAAGAGGACAAGGAGUCUUGUCUCAUCAUGACUCACACACUGACUGGCUUCAUGGAGCUCAUGGAUCAUGGCAUUGUUUCCUGGGAAAACCUGUCCUCUGCCUUCAUCAAGAAGAUUGCCAGCUUUGUCAACGCCAAAGUUCAGGAUGCCUCCAUACAGCGGCUGGCGUUGGCCAUCCUGGAGAACAUGGUCCUGAGCAGCAACAGCCUCUUCCAGCUGGUCAGGCAGGAGGUGACUCUGGAGAGACUGAUCACCCACCUGCAAGUGACCAACCAGCAGAUCCAGACGAAAGCCAUGGCUCUGCUCAUGGCCUUGCUGCAGACAGCUGGGGAAGUAGACAGACAGGAACUGUUAGCUUACCUGGGGAACAAAAAUCUGCGUCAGUAUAUUUACAAGAAUAUCAUCCACAGCUCUGGCCCUGUAGGGGAUGAGAUGGCCCACUACCUGUAUGUCCUGCAGUCUGUUACCCUUAACCUCCUGGAGCCCCUCAUGAGGACACCGCUGGAUUCUUACAACCAGGACCAAAGGGAUAUGCUGCACAACCUGCGGCAGCUGGCGUUUGAGACAGAAAGUGAGGGGAGCCUAAGCAAUGAGCGUCGGCGCUCCCUCUGUGCCAAGGAGUUCAAGAAGCUGGGCUUCUCCAACAACAGUAACCCGGGACAGGACCUCGUUCGAGCCCCGCCAGGGCUGCUGGCACUCGACACUAUGACAUACUUUGCUUCCCGCUAUCCAGAUGCCUACAGCAGGUUUGUGUUGGAGAACAGCAGUCGGGAAGACAAGCACGAGUGCCCAUUCGCACGCAGCAGCAUCCAGCUCACCCUUAUCCUGUGCGAGAUUUUCCGCAUCGGGGAGCCACCGUCCGAGACCCGCUCCGACUUCCACCCCAUCUUCUUCUCCCAGGACCGCAUCUUCAAUGAGCUCUUCUGCAUCUGCAUUCAGCUACUCAACAAGACUUGGAAGGAAAUGCGUGCUACACAGGAGGACUUUGAUAAGGUGAUGCAGGUUGUGCGGGAGCAGAUCACGCGGACACUGGCCAGCAAGCCCACGUCCUUGGAGCUCUUCAAGAACAAGGUCAACGCCCUCAACUAUAGUGAGAUUCUCAAGCUGCGGCAGACAGAGCGCCUGCACCAAGAAGAGACUCUGGCCCCACCUGUGCUUGAGCUGAAAGAGCGCCUGAAGCCAGAACUCUUGGAGCUUAUCCGGCAGCAGAGGCUCAACCGGCUGUGUCACGGUACUCUCUUCCGCAAGAUCAGCAGCCGCCGGCGUCAGGACAAGCUGUGGUACUGCCGCCUCUCGCCCAAUCACAAGGUCCUUCACUACGGAGAUGUUGAGGAGGACACAGAGACCCCUCCCAUAGAAACCCUGCAGGAGAAGAUUCCUGUGGCUGACAUCAAAGCACUCCUGACUGGGAAGGACUGCCCCCACAUGAAAGAGAAUAAGGGGAAACAGAACAAGGAAGUUCUUGACCUGGCUUUCAGCAUCACUUAUGAUGUAGAGGAGUACAGCCUCAACUUCAUUGCAUCUUCCAGAACCGAUUUCUGCCUGUGGACCGAUGGGCUCAGUGUGCUUCUGGGACGGGAGAUGAGCAGCGAGUGCAUGCGUAGUGAGCUUGAGAUCCUGCUCUCCAUGGAGAUCAAGCUGCGUCUGCUUGACCUGGAGAAUGUGCCCAUCCCAGAUGCUGCACCUCCAGUCCCCAAACCCCCCAGCAACUUCAACUUCUGCUAUGACUUCAGCCAAACGGAGCAGUAGAGGGCUGAGCUAUAUGAGAAGCUUUAUAAAAGAGAUUUUAUAUAUAGAGGUUACCCGUUGUGUUAAGAGGAGGUGGGUGUGGUCAUGCAACAUUUAUGAGUAGACUGAUGACUGAAGGUAUUGCUAUUCAGUGAAAGCAUUUUAAUCCAGCAGUGUUGGCAGUGUCUUCAGUUUUACCACAUUAACAACACUGAAUUCCCUUGAUUCCCCUCCACAAGACUUCCUGUCGUGUCUCAUUGCAUGCUUUCAGAGACUCCUCAUGAACUGGAAGAGGAGUGCUGGCACCUUGAACAUAGGGAAAGUUUUAAAUUUUGAAACUGUAAUCUUUGUCUUUCCAGGCUAUUUCUGUUUGUAGAUCAUGGACUAAUUGACUGCAGACUAUGAUGGGAUCUGCCGAAGCAUUACCGUGCUGUCAGAGGGGACUUGAGCGUCAGGGCAGACAGCAUUUACACACACAAGCAGAGAAGCACUGAGCUCUUAAAAUAGAGCUUUUUAGUCCGAGACAUUUUCUAGUCGUUCCUGUGUUGUGGCAUUAGGUUCAGCUUGUAUCCUGUAAGAGUCUGCAAAGUUAGAAUGUAAUACAUUAUGAACACAAUGUGAUAAAUAUCCUUUGCUGAACAGAAGAGUACAUGAGAGGGAAUCUAGUGUACAUGGUGUCUUGACAAACCCUCAAUGUGGUGUGUCUAUCACCCUGUCAUCAUCACCCUUUUUAUCAUCCUUUCUUUCGUCAUCUUUUCGGCAAAGAAUCAACACCAUUUCUCUCGAUUUGAAUCUGAGGAGCACCAGAUUUGUGUUGCUUUUCAUUGUGUCCGUGCAGUUUUGACCAUUUAAAGCAAUCGAUCCUCCUUGUACCAGUGAUCAUUAUCACUGGUGUGCAGUAGUUUCAGGCUCCAAGUUUAGAUGACAGUGGUUAGUAGGUACACGUAUUACUCGUUGGAGCACAGCUGGCCUGAAUGUAUAUAUGCUGUGGUACAAGGGUUGUAUGAGCAAGGUCAUUGUGUUCUGUCUAGAGCAUAGAAUUCCAUCUAUUUUUGUGCAAUAUUUUUCAGUAGUUCCUGCAGCAAAGGAAUCGGCAGUUCAGCUGUUCACAGCUAAUGGGAAAUUUUUGUUGUUACAUCUGGCUGGCAGAAACAUUUAACUUCAGUAAUUUCAUCUUAAGUACUUUUGUGAAGCUGUUCAAUAAUGCAGAGCCAUUGAACACAUGCAAAGUGAAUGGUGACAUUGCAUUAUUGAUCCUUUCUCUGAUGGGAACAUCAGCUGGAUGGUAAGAUGGAAUGAGAACUGUGAUUCAGUUGGCUGGACUGCAGUUUCCUUGCACCACUCAAAUGCAAAGGGGUUUUUUUUUUUUUUAUUUUUUUUAAUGGUUCACUCAUGAUGGUACAUGUGUAAGUAUAUUGUGUACACAAUUGUACAUUUGCCAUAAUAUCUCAACCAGCAUCAGCCGGUGAGAGGCAACGACUUCAGUGUGGUGUAGUCGGUCAUCACUGUCUGGAAGUCACCUCUUUCUGAGUAGAAAAAUGUACAUAUAAAAUUGGAAAAACUCAGUAGGUAACUACAGUACAGAAACUAUAGCAUGCACUGUCAAACAAAUCCACACUUCUUCAGUCAUGAUCUGAGCUGGAUAAUUUAAAAAGCAUUUAAUAGUAUUAUGGUAAUUUUUAAAAACAGACUUUUUAAUUUAAAAUGUGUUGUAGCAAGCUCCUGAAUGGCAUCCAAAAUUACUAAUCAGACUAUUGGAACUAUUUUUGAUGUAAGUGGCCAUCAUUCUUUGUAAUAUUGGAAUGGUACUUGUAUGGGAAGUUAUUUUCCAGCUAAUAAUAACAAUGAAUCUGCUUAAAUACUCAGUCCGAUAGCCCCCACUGUUGUAGUUAUGGAACUAGGAGCUGCCGCAUUGGAGAGCGUGCAAUAUUCAUAGCACUCAACUACUUUAAAAUUCAGGAGAUGGUGUUGGAGGUGCGCACAGUGUAAACAUGGACUGGUAGCCAAGGGCAACACACUUUUCAAUACAAUACAGCCAGUAGCAGCCAAAGAGAUGCUGUGCUUCCUCAAAGUUUUAUGUGAUCUGCUGGAAAGGAAAAAGAAAUCAACAAAAGCUGACACCCCGAUCUUGCAGGGGGAGCACAUGGACCCAGAAUUCUAACCUCACUGCUGUGGCCGAACUGACAAGCAGCGAAAUAGUGUGGUGUACAGCGUAGAAGUGUGUGCAUUAUAGAUUGUUGCCCGUUACUUACACCCACUGCCAGAAAUAUUGGCACCUGUGCACAUUUUUCAAAUAAUGGAACAUUUCCAUAAAACUCUUAAUUAAAAUCUUGUGGCCCUUCUUUGGCUUGCAGUGGAACAAAACAAAAAGGUGAAUAAUUUAGUGUUUGCUUAUUCCACAGGAAAUCCUAAAAUGGCCUGUACCUAAGCUGUUACAAAUAUAUUUGAAACAGGUGAUUGUCCUUUUCAGUUGAACUCACUUGUCUACAGUUUUGCCCAUGGUGUUUUUCUAUUUUUAAAAUGUUAUAUUCAGAAUAAAGAAAACAAAGGUUCUUUAAUAUUAAACAGUGAAAUUAAGAAUUCUGGAGACUAAACAUUUUGGUCAAUUUCAACUUUUUAGAGAGAAUUUUGAUUUGCAAAACUAGCAAGGGUGCCAGUAUUUUUGGCCGCAACUCUUGACAUAUCUCAUAAUCGACUUGACUGAUUUGUCUGACUUUGCUGCAUGGCCAAUUAUGGGAACAUCAGCUGGGAACAAUGCAUUGUGCUUAUUUAUUGAUCCUUUCAUAAGUGGAAUUGAAAAAGAAAAAUCCUAGUAUUUUACACUUGUAGCUUUUAAGGUAUGAUGUACAGUAAGUCAACAUUUUUUGCAAGAUUGUAUACUUUUAAUUGGUGUUUUAAACAUUUAAAGUAUUUUAUGUCACAUGUAAAUGAUUAGUUAUAUAU